CGGUCGCUGGGCAGCCACGGAGGAGGCGAGGAGGCGGGGUGAACCGGCUCGGCCCGCCCCUUCUCCCCGCCUCCCCCCACCCUCCCAGCCCGGGUCGCUGUCAGCUAGCUCCCUUCGCGUCCCGCCGCCGAGCCGCCCGUGUAUGCUGAGGCGUUGCGGGCGUCCGCUGCUGCACGUCCUGGGCCUGAGCUUCCCGCCGCUGACUGGCCGGCCGUUUGUCCUCUGUCCUCAUCGCCUCAUGAAGCCGCUGGUCGUAUUCGUCCUGGGCGGUCCGGGAGCCGGCAAGGGGACUCAGUGCGCCCGCAUUGUCGAGAAAUAUGGGUAUAUACACCUUUCUGCAGGAGAACUUCUUCGUGAUGAAAGGAAGAACCCAGAUUCACAAUAUGGUGAACUCAUUGAAAAGUAUAUUAAAGAUGGAAAGAUUGUACCAGUUGAGAUAACCAUCAGCUUAUUAAAGAGGGAAAUGGAUCAGACAAUGGCGGCCAAUGCUCAGAAAAAUAAAUUCUUGAUUGAUGGGUUUCCAAGAAAUCAAGAUAACCUUCAAGGUUGGAAUAAGACCAUGGAUGGAAAGGCAGAUGUAGCUUUUGUUCUGUUCUUUGACUGUAAUAAUGAGAUCUGUAUUGAAAGAUGUCUCGAGAGAGGAAAGAGUAGUGGUAGGAGUGAUGACAACAGAGAGAGCUUGGAAAAGAGAAUUCAGACUUAUCUUGAAUCAACAAGACCAAUUAUUGAUUUAUAUGAAGAAAUGGGGAAAGUCAAGAAGAUAGAUGCUUCUAAAUCUGUUGAUGAAGUUUUUGAUGAAGUUGUGAAGAUUUUUGACAAAGAAGGCUAAAUCUAAAUACAAAAGAAGUAUAGAAAUCAUGCUUGAAUAUUGCUUUGAUAGCUGCUAUUACAACCCUUUCCUAAGGCAAUUUUAAUCUUUCAUAAUUACAUCUCAGUUAUCAGUGGGAAAAUAUGUACUUAAGGAAAAUUACGUUCUUGUUCUUUUUAUUUUGUCCCUGGGGUAAGACAGUGAACUUUAUCUUAGCAAUGGUGCUCACAAAACAAAGAAGGAUAUUACUUAGUUCUUUGUUUUCAUCCAAAAAGAAUGUCCCUGUUAUAGGUUGUGCCUUCUGUGAGCAGUUUUUAGUAUGUGUAUGCAUCCCUCUAGUAAUUGCGACUAGAAUUAAGGAUUCCCCUUUUUCCUUGCAGGUUUUAAAUUUCCAUCCUGUUAAGUGAAUUUGUGGACCAAAUUCCAAAGAAAGGUUUUAUGUAGUCAGUUCUUACACUGUAUGUUUGGUAAACAAAUGUAGAAACUGAUUCCUAGACAUCUUUUAGUAUUUAUAAAACAACUGACUCUUUCCAUAGAAAGAUAAGAACAUUAGGCAUUGUUUUAUCACAGAGUUGUGGGAUGUGGCAUAUUCUUUGCUUCCCAGGGCUUGGCAUGGGACUUCAGAGGUUCAGAGCCUGGCAGACUUUUUAGCUUAAUACUGACAUAAAUCUGAGGGUAAGGUGCAAAGAGACUUCUUAUGAUAUGUAGUCCUUCUGCUCAUAUGUAGUGUUAUUUAUGAUUAGGCUGAUCAACAAAAAAUUUUCGCAGGGGAACCUUGAAAAGCAUGUACUAGAUUUAUGCUAAAAUAAUUCACUUAGUGUUUUUGAUAACACUUGUUUUUUUGUUUGUUUUCUAGAUUGAAUAGAUAAUUCAUAAAAAGAAAUUUAAUGGUUAAGUUUCCCUUUAUGUUUUAUUUUCUUGAAUAGUAAUUUUUCAGUUAUUUGUUUAAUAAGAUUUUAAAAUCAUUGCACUUUGGUAAAAAAAUAAAUAUAUCUUAUAAAUGUUUGAUUCCCUUCCUGGCUACUUUUAUUCAUUAACUUCUUGUGGGGGGCAUCAUGUUAAAGGUAUAAAUUAAAAAAAAAAAGACUAUUGAGUUCAAAGUAAUUUUCUCAAAUCUGCCUUUAAAAAUCUUUGAGAAAUUUGAUUCUCCUUUUUUUUUUUCUGUCAUUACUAAUGCAAAAUGGGACACAACAUUCUUAAUCUGAGAUUAAAAUACACUCAUUUUUAGCACUUAGCUCUCUUUGGUACACAGGGUUAAAUUAGGCAGGAAAUUUUAUCUUUGUGUAGUGAGAUUUUAUAUUUGAAGUCACUGGGGAUGGUGAGAAUGUUUUAUGAAUGUUGUAAUGAUCUGUUUGUUUCAGUAUAUGCUAUGAAAUUCACUCAUUAAUGGUAAAUUUUUCAACAUGCCUGCCAUUGGAGGACAAAGUAUCCAUAAAUACUGUAAUAUACUAAAAUUUGUAUGGAGAGUUUUUUGAAAGAGAUUGUAAUGAAUUCUUACCUAAGUAAUUCAGUCCAGCUAAUACAAAAAGACUGUACCGAUUGUUUAUUUAAAGAACUAUAGUCUGAAGUAAGGGUAAAGAGUGAGGUUUUUAAAAGUAUUCCUACUCAUAUAAGUGAAGAAAUCCAUCAGGAAGAGAUCUAAAUAUUUAUAUUGAAAUUGUAAAGCAGCAUUUUGGUUGUUAGAAGACUGCUGAGUCUAGGUGCUUUGUUUUCUUUCAUCAAGUAUCUCUGUGGCCUUUGAGAACAGAGUAUAAGAAACAUAGUCAUUACAAAAUUAUGAGGUUUUGCUUUUUGUUUGCUUCUUAAGUAGAAAAACAUGUUGGCAACUCUUUGGAGUUGAUUGCAAUAAAUCUGUCUCCACUAGUUUAGUUAUUCUGUUUGUUAAAGAUACAGUCACAGGAAGAUUUUGACAUUCUUGAAAGAUUCCAGUGGAAACCUUGCCUUUUUUUUUUUUUUUUUAAUUAACGUCAUUUCCAUUCAGUGUGUUGGAUGUGUAAUAAUUAUUCAGUAAAUAAUCCCAAUAAACUUUGUGUUCUAGUC